AUGAAGCUCUUCUCUGUUUUCACUACGGCGCUUCUGUCCCUGGCAGUCGACGCAACACCUGUUCCAGAAGGAGGCACGCCCUUCAGCCGGGGUGCUCUCGCGGACAGGUUUUCUCAGCGAGUAGCCAAUGCAAGUGCCGACGGUGAAGCAGAAAUGGGUGACCUGGCCAAAAGAUCACAGCUUACUUGCGAAAUCGUCAACGUUGUAACUACUGUCGACUGCCACUACUGGCCAACCCACGCAGAUGUAGUGGAAGGAUCCCCUCCAGUUAGGAACUAUGUUGUGACCUCGUUCGGGCCCUCAACUAAACACGAUUUCGAUUGCUACCUGCCUGGUGAGAACGUUGGAGGGAUCACGUAA